AUGACACCAACAUCCCUGGUCCUCAACAGUAUCAAGUUUUUGCUAGAUUCACCAAAGGUUUUAGAUGAGCUGAGGGUUGUCCUGCUGGGAAAAACUGGAGUUGGGAAGAGUGCUAUAGGAAACACUAUUUUAGGAAAAGAAGCAUUUAAAGAAGACGUGUCUUAUGAUUCGGUUACUAAAGAGUGCCAGAGAGAAACGGUUGAAAUCAAUGGCAGAUUUAUCACAGUAAUUGACACUCCAGGAGUGUUUAAUACUAAACUUAGCCAUGAAGAGAUCCAGAGAGAAAUCAUAAAGUACAUCUCCAUGAUAUUUCCUGGACCACAUGUGUUUCUCUUACUGAUACCAGUGGGACGUUUCACGCAGGAAGAGGAAAAUGCUGUGAAGAUCAUUAAGGAGACUUUUGGUGAAAACUCUUUAAUGUACACCAUGGUGCUCUUCACCAGAGGAGAUGAUCUGAAGAAGAAGACCAUCGAAGAGUAUCUGAGAAAGCCAGGAUCUGCAAUGAUGAAGCUCAUUAAACAGUGUGGAAACAGAUACCAUGUGUUCAAUAAUAAUGAGACUGGAGACCGUACGCAGGUGUCUGAACUACUGCAGAAAAUCAAUGACAUGGUGACAGCAAAUGGAGGGAGUUACUACACAUGUAACAUGUUCAAAAAAAAAUCGAGCAUGAGAAAACUCUAA